GUAGUGCGUCGGAGCGUUCAAUCAGGUCCGCGGCGCGCGCAAAGUUCCUGGAGGAGAUUUUAGCAAGUUGCUAUCAUACAAUUCUCCAGUUUGUCCAAAAUUAAACGCGCUGUUUGCGAAAUUCAUCUCAUCUCAUUAUCUCUAGCCGCUUUAUCCUGUUCUACAGGGUCACAGGCAACCUGGAGCCUAUCCCAGCUGACUACGGGCGAAAGGUCCCAUUUCCACCAGGAUGACUACUAGGAGGAAGACUGAAGAAUGUCGUAUAUGCGGCGGCAAUCUACAGGGGAACCAACGCCGCUGGCUUUUUGCGGCACAUAAAAGGAAAGGAGCCCAGAAUCAGAGUCCAACGCAGUCACUUUGCAAAGAGUCUACCUAUUUUCUCUCGCCAACCAGGUCCGCCCAGAGCAGCCCAUGGGGAAGUACAUUAUCUCUUGGAUCCUCAAAUUCAAAGUCUCAUACACUUCCCAACCCUAAUAAAGGAAUGGACCUGCUUGCUGUGCUGACACACAUAUUGGGGCAGUCUGUAACACGGGGGAAUGGAAAAGGGGAGUUUGUGUGCGGCAAAUGUGUAUCUGUGCUCGAGCGAGUGUUUAAAUUCGACACAGUCAUAGCCAGAGUUCAAGUUUUAUCCAGGGAAAGGCUUCAGAAACUGACUCAGGAAAGGGAUAGCUUAAGACGGUGGGUACGAAGUCUUUAUAGGCAACACCACCCUUCUGACUUGAAGAGCAGAGGAAGCUCCAGUGAAGAUGAUGUCGAGCUGGGAGAAAGUGACUCUGGGAAAGCUUACCGAGAGAUGCUGAGUGACAACAUGGCUCUCGCUGCGUAUGAAUGUUGGUCUGAGAAAACGGAGUCGUGUCCCUAUUUUAAGAGAACCGGUAAAAGAUGCAGCAAAUUGAAAAAUUGUGAGUGUUGUGACUCCUUAAGGGUGUCCGAUUCCAAUUAUGAAUUCGUUUGUGGAGUUCCUCGCAACCUACCCGAGCAAGCCCUGUCUCGUUUUGGCCUACCUUUGCGCAAGUCUCGGAGCAUGUCUCUCCAGUGGUCCAGAGCUCCAUCGUUCCGCUCUAGUCCUGCCUCCUUAGCUGGUUCCUGCCAUUCACUCAAAGCACGAUCUCGUACAGCUUCAGCACAAUCGCUCGACUCUGUAGAUGGUCAUGAUCCGUUUGAUUGGCAAGAUGAGCAUUCAGUCGUCUCGGACUCCAUCCUCCAUAUGCUGAAAAGUAUAGACGGAAAGCCAGUCAGGUCUCCAGCAGGAAGUCGCAUCCCAGUUUUAGCAAAAGGACCAAAUGACAGUGUGGUAGAUGGAUCACCUUCACUUGGGGUCACACGGAUACUGAAUUUUGGACAGGGUGAUGAACAAGAGGAAGAUGUGAAUGGAGAGAGUGAGGAUGUUCUGACUGAACUGAGGGAUGAAUUUCUGCCACUGCUUAGAGAGGUCACUACAGCCAGAGUGCAUCUUGUAGUCAAGCAGUUACGAGAGCAGCUAGAUCAAGCACAAGCUCGUAUCCAGACGUUAGAGGCGGGUCUUCAGAACGGCAACCAUUCAGUCCCCAGCAAGACCCAUCAAUCAAAGCAGUCACUACCAGUGUAUCCAAGUAGCAGCUCCGAGGAUGAGGGCCGACUGAUCAGGAAUCUUAGCCAUUCACUGCAAAGCAGAGACAGAGUUAUUCAGGAAUGUGUGACUUUGAUCCGAAAGCUGUGUGUGGACCUUGGCUCAGGGUUAGAGGAGGCUGAUAAGCUCAUCAGCAAUGUAACUGUGACGCUGACUGAUGCACACACUGAGCGAGAGGGGGUUUUGGAAGCUGAGCUGAUUGAAGUGAAGGAGAGAGAACAAAGACUGCAGAAAGAGCUAGAGGUGCUGCAGGUGGCAAGCAGAGGGCAGGAAAGAGACCUCCUCACUCUCAACAGUGUGCUCCAGAGUAACAAGGAUGUCCUCAAUCAUUUGCGAGUGGAACUGGGUGAGAAGACUCAGUCACUGCAGGACAUGCAGAAAGAGAGGGAGUUAUGGAAAGAACGGCACUCCGCCCUGGAAAAGCUCUUACAGGAACAAGAAGCUCUCAUCACUCGUCUGCAGCAGGCAAUAGAGAGCUCCCAUAAAGAUGUUCAGGCGCUCUCAGAUUCACUGAUUGCUCGAGGAUUGCCAGGAGGUGGAGCUGAGGACGCUUUGGCCAGUCAGGUGCAAGAGCAGGAGUCCCUACUUUCAGUCUGCCUCAGAGAUUGGGAAGAGCACACUGCUACCACGAAGCAGGGACUCUCAAAACUCUGUACAGCUUUAGAAGAAGCUGAGGCUGUAAUACAGGACCAAAGGCAAAGUCACGAACAAGCCGUCACAGAACUCUCCGAGCAGCUGAGAGACUCUCGCAAGGAGCUGAGGGAGAUGAUAAAAGACACCAAGCAGGCAGAACAGGCCUGGAAGUCUGAAAGGGCAAAGAGAGAUUUAGAAGAAGGGCAUUUGAGAGAAUGUUUGCAGAAAAGGGAUAAACUCCUCGAGCAAAUACUGUUGGAUGCAGAGAAGCGAGAUGACAUGCUAAUAGAACUGCAGCGAGAUAUCUUCAGUAAGGUUGAACCGAGGGUCGGCCUCAAACACACGCUAUGAUUUGCGUGAAAUGUGUGAGAAAGAGAAUUGCAGAUAUGCACUGGAACACAUCUGUAUGACUGGCUCUUGUACUGGGCUAUGAUGACCAUAUCUUUGUAACAACACUGCCACAGAUUGAUAAAGGCCCCCAGUUUGCCUUAAUUGCCAAAAUGCCGUAUCUUCAUUACUGCUUUUAUUAGUUAUCACUUUAAAAAAAAAAAAAAAGUAAAUCCUUGCCUAUAACUGUGUUCCAAUGAUUUCCUUUCAGGUAAUUCAGCCUAUUGCACCAUAUUGACUCUGUACAGCCCAAGACAUGUGAUGGUUUUAAUUUAUUUCUCAGCAAAGCAUAAUACUGUAUAAGGAAUCCUUUAUUGUUCUUUCCUUGCCAGGACCAGAAUGCACCUGCUGUUUUCCAAGAAUGUAAUUCUGCUUUUAUUUCUGGGGUUAAGUGAGUGGUCAUCUUGAGUUGUUUGUGUUUUGUCUAUAAAUCACUACUUUUUCUCCAAGACUUUGAGAGAAAUUGUAUUCAUGUGUCAGUCUUUGCUUUUUGUAAUUUACAUUUUUAUUUUCUGGUUUACUUGUGCAAUGGGUUUAAACUUUUUAAUUUUUUUUAAUGUUUGUGUAUUUGUUUGAUUUAAUUUAUAAGUAAGUACAACCAAGUGAAACUUGAUUUUUUUUUUUUGGUCUGUCUCUUUUUACAUGUAGGCCAAAAGCCUGUAAUAUGACAUAUCUAACAUUCUGUUGAGGUUAUAUUCAUAUGCCAAGUGAUUUUGUUCUUUCUUGAGAACAAUAAACACACUGUUAUUACACUCAA